AUUUUGAACUCACUCUGCGGAGGAGGAGCACAUCGGGCAAUGCUUUGAAGAACAGCACCACAUGACGAAGUGUCAAAUUGACUUAAAAGCAAAUUCCUUUCUCUGGAGUGGAAGUGGAUAUAUGAACAGGAUCUUUUUGCUUCAAUGUGUGUGACAGAGGAGUCUGGUGUUUUCCAUUGUCAAACACGUACCAGAUGACCAUCCUUGUGUCAACCCUGAUUCAGAGCAAAGCUGAGUUGCAGGUAAAGUGUCUGUGUGUGCUUAUGUUCCUGAGCUUUCCUCUGACUAUGGCUGAGGUCCCUGGUCCAUGCAGACACUCCAUCACUAGGGAGCACCUGCUGACAGUCAGGCAUCUGAUGGAUAACCAGUUGAGGAGUGGUUGUUCAAUAACGUACACAUUCAUAGAACAAAGAAGUUUGAGCAAAUGUUGCUUUGUAAAAGCUGCUUUACCCUGGAUCUUGGAGCUCCUUACCACCCACUUCAAAUACAACCGGGGUUCAGUCAAUGACGGCUAUGUUCAGUCCUUGAGGGCGCUCAUCCUCAACAUCUAUUCUCAGAAAUGUGUCCCUCAGAUAAAUGAAGAAGUUGAGGAUAAGCCAGAAAGUUUUGAGAUGCUCUACAGAGGGUCUCCUUCAGAUGCACUACAGAAGGUUUCGGAGGUGUUGUCCGUUUACUGGGAGCUGGUGACAACGAGAGACGCACCAGUCGACUGGAGAUGCCAAAACGAAUACACAGAAACCUUUAGCUCUACUGUAGAGCUAUCCACAGAGCCAUUCACACAAUAUUUUACAGAUAGUUAUGAUAGGAACUCAGCAAAGGUCUCUCAGAGAAGACCAGUCAGAGACCUGUAUAAGCUCGGCUUCAUAGUCACAUCCAUCUGCGGAGGACUGCUGUUCAUACUUACUCUCUACUGUCUCAUCACACACAAGAAAACUCACAGCCGUAAUGGAUCGAGAAUACACACAAACUCGAGCAGAGAUCUGCAGGAAACAGAGAUGGAGCAACAGUAAAGCGGUGAGGACUUGGUCACUGCAGCAGCAGAGAGAGCACCUGUGAAGCUGUACAUUUCAUCCACCAUGAACACGUUCUCAUGUCAGUAUUAUAUGUGUAAUGUAUCAUGCUCACUUAUUUCUACGAAGCUUUGCUUUAAGUGAGAACAAAGAUGGACCUUAUUUUAAAUAUGUUAUGUAUAUUAUGCGUUAUCUAUUGCAGAUAUCUUUUCAAGUUCACUAAAAAAAGGUUUAUUUUUACAUUACUUAUAUAUAUGUUGAAUGAUGUGUCUCCAUUUGUUACCGCUCAGCCGACUGUUUGUAAUGUUGUUUGCCAAACAUUUUGACAAGUUAUUUAUUAUCUUCACUCUAUUCAAUCAACAGUCUAUCGAUUGUCUGUUAUCUAUUCAAAUUGAUAAUAAAAGUUAACCAACAAUACCAUACCCAAAUUUAUAAUUCCAUAAUUCUCUCCAGCUGUCUAGCUACCAGUGCAUGAACACAAUAGAAUCACAUUUAAAAGCAGGUAAUGAGGUCAAUAAAGGUUUUACAUCAC